CGCACGCAAACAGCAGCGUGGGCACAGCCGUGCCCGCCCGUGCCCCCGGUGGGCACAGCCGCUGCGAGCGGCGCGGGUGCGGGGAGCGUGGCUACCGGCUCGGUGCUUGAGCGCCCGCAGGCACCUUGCGCACGCGGAACCUGUUGACAUGGCCAACCAUGGAGCCGACAAGCCAUCCUCCAGGUCAGGGAGUCCGGAUGGGGAAGACAGGGCCUCUGAAGACAGAUCACUGCUUCAUCAGAGGCUGGCUGUCCAGGAGCUCAUCGACACUGAGGUCUCCUACUUGCACAUGCUCCAUCUCUGUGCCUCUGACAUCAGGAGCCGCCUCCAGCAGUUGCCACAGGGAGAUCUCGAUGUCCUGUUCUCCAACAUUGAUGAUAUCAUCAAGGUGAACAGCAGAUUCCUUCAUGAUCUGCAGGAGACAGCCUCCAAGAAAGAGGAAAAAGUGCAGCUAGUUGGUAACUUAUUUCUGGAAUUCCAAGAGGAGUUGGAGCAAGUCUAUAAGAUCUACUGUGCCAGCUAUGACCAGGCCUUGCUAUUGGUGGAGACGUACCGGAAGGAGCCGGAGCUGCAGCAGCAUAUCCAGGGCAUCAUUAAGGCAGUGGUGCCACAAGCUGGAUCUUCAGGCCUCAGUUUCUUGCUGGUAAUUCCUCUGCAGAGGAUCACCAGGUACCCAUUGCUGCUGCAGAAAAUCCUGGAGAACACACACCCUGAUGCCAGUGCCUACCCUGUCCUUCAGAGGGCUGUCUCUGCCCUCCAGGAUGUGAACACCAAUAUCAAUGAGUACAAGAUGCGCAAGGAAGUGGCCUCCAAGUACACCAAGGUAGAGCAGCUGACCCUCUGGGAGCGGCUGGCCCGCAUCAACACACACACUUUCUCCAAGAAGACCACCCGGCUGAGCCAGCUGCUGAAGCAGGAGGCGGGGCUGAUCCCCAGGACAGAAGACAAGGAAUUUGAUGAUUUAGAAGAGAGGUUCCAAUGGGUGUCUCUGUGUGUGACUGAGCUGAAGAACAACGUGGCUGCUUACCUGGACAACCUGCAGGCUUUCCUCUGCUUCAGGCCGCACGAAUACAGUCUGGACAUUCCCGAGGGGCCUGCAGUGCAGUACUGCAAUUUGGCAAGAGACCUUCAGCUGGAGGCCUUCCUGAAGUUUAAGCAGCGGCUGGAAGGCCUGGUGUGGCAGCCACUGUGCAGCCUGGCCAAAGCCCUGCUCGGCCCUCAGAACCUGAUCAAGAAGCGUCUGGACAAGCUACUGGACUUUGAGCGGGUAGAAGAGAAGCUGCUGGAGGUGGGCAGUGUGACCUACGAGGAGCAGGCCACCCGGCACACGUACCAGGCACUCAACUCCCUGCUGGUGGCUGAGCUCCCACAGUUUAACCAGCUGGCCAUGCAGUGGCUGGGCCAGAUCCUGUGCACAUUCGUGACCCUCCAGAGGGACCUUGCAAAGCAAGUGCUGCAGAGGGCAGAGGGGAGCAUGGCCCAGCUGCCCCACCACGAUGUCCCAGAGCCUGCCUUCAGGAAGCUGGUGGGGGACACACUGGGCCGGACAAGUAAGCAGCUUCACUCCUUUCAAGAGAACUUUGAGAAAGUGCUGCCACCUCCCACCACACAGGUAAGCAUCCUUCCUCACCCCAAAGACUGGCCAGUUCCUCACUGGCCUGUGGGAGGGCAAGCAUCCCUGAAUCUCUUCUUGUUGAUACUCUCUGGAAACAGACAUCGUGGGUAUGUGCCAGCUGGGAAACUGCAGCUGUACCAUGUGGUCCCCAGCGCAGAGGAGCUCAGAAGAAAGGCGGGGCUGAAUGAAGACCCCCGAUGUCUAACACCAAAGCCUGUUCGAGCUCCAGUGCCCUCUAUUCCCACCGUGAACCAGGUCAUAGCAGCGUACCCUUUUGUGGCCAGAAGCAGCCAUGAAGUGAGUCUGCAGGCAGGCCAGCCCGUGACCGUCCUGGAGGCCCAGGACAAGAAGGGGAACCCGGAGUGGAGCCUGGUGGAAGUGAAUGGACGGAGGGGUUAUGUGCCUUCUGGCUUCCUGGCCAGGACCCCAAGCCCAGUUUUGUGGGGCUGGAACCUGCCCUCUUAGGGUACCCUCCUUGGAGCCCACAUUGCCAAGUGAUGGGGGAGGCUUAGAGGCGGUGACCCUGGAGGGAGAAGCAGCAAAGGAAAGGUGGGGGUGGGAGGGAAGACCAGGCCAGGGUGGAUGAAGGGGCACUCAGGAGGCCGCCAGAAGACUGCCUAAGCAGUGAGCUCUGGUUUUUGAAGGGCUUUUAAGAAAUAUAUACAUGUCUGUGUCAGACAGACUGUGAGUUGCCUCCUCUGGGCCUGUCAAAGCAUGAAGACUGCGUAAUAUCAGAGAAACACAGCCUACAGUUCCUUUCUCAGUAGCAAAGUCACUUCAUAGGAUGCUCUUGACUCAUUCUCUCUACUCUUUCCUGCUCAGAUUUCUGAUAAAAAUAAGAAACAUAGGGGAACACAUAAUGAAGUAGGAAACCCACUCGUGGGUUCCACAGAUAUUUCCUGAGGGCCUACUGUGUGCUAGAAUUGUAGCUCAGGGGUUCUCAGUGUAGCUGCUCAGUGAACUUACCAUGGCAGGUUUCAACUAGCAGAAGCCAGGCUCCCUCUCACCCAGAGACUCUGUUGAAAUUGGUUUAGAGUGUGGUUCAGGCCUCAGGAAAUCAGAAAGCUUCCCAGGGCCUUCUAAUAUGCAGCCAGGGCUGGGGACCUCUACCCUAGACACACAGUAUUGGACAGAUGGAUCUGGGGCCAGAGAUGGCCAUGAGCUAUAAGCUAGGAUGUGCCCCAACUCAGCUCUGCACUAGUUAGUUCAAACAGGCGCUUUAGAGGCAGUGUGAAAUGGGACAGCCUGUCUGUCAGGUCUCAGAAUGUAUAUUUAUUAAGUGCCAUUAAAAGGGACCUGAACAAAAUUGGAUGUCUUGUAGGCAUAAGGAAGGAAAAUAAAAUAUACUUGGAACCAAGUCUAUCUCAUGAAGGGACAAUAAAAACGUAUUGAGUAGCAUGUGGGUUCUGGUUUCUCAUAGAUCAGGGGAUGAGAUUAAAAGUCACUGAAGAGUGGGAAAUGCAUAUUGAGAAGAUGGAGAAUGGCCUGCAGUUUCUCCAGGGGAAUCUGUAACAUGCCUUUUCCCUCUCCAAAUGCCUAGAACCAGGGCACUGUGUCUUAUUUAUUUCACUGUUGGGGUAUC